AUGAGUCCUGCCACCGUGCACCAACCAUCUGUCGCCCGUGGUGGAUCCCGUGGAGGCCUGAGCCAGGGGGCGCCAACCUACCCCCUGUCAUGCCGGCCUGCAGUUGCAACAGCACCGCGGCGGUCAAGCAGACCAUCCUCUUCUGGCAGCCCGCCCAGCUCCGCCCCUCCUUCAAAUGCCCAAGGGCUGGAGGGGCCGUUUUCUCCCUGGCAUAAUCUCUCUCACGACCACCUCUACCACCAUCAAUAUCCUCUUUCGUCCCUGGCACCGCCGUUGGAUCAUGUCCCCUCGGCUGUGGCAUACGGCCAAUCCUUUGACAAUCUUUUGCAAGAGUCGGAACUUUGGGCAGAUCAGGAUCUGUCCUUUGCCGAUACCGACUGGAAUUACGUAUCUAUCAACCACGCCACCCCGUAUUCCGGCUUCGACGGUGUCGAUGUAUCCGUGAACGACCUGGGAUACGGCAUGGCAUCUACCUUUGCUUCUCUUUCAGAUUCGGGAUCGAACGAUCCGCUUGCUGUUCCCGUCUCCGCCCAUUUUGCCAGCUCGAUGAAUUCACAAGACGGGUCCUCGCAACCCUCUCCUGUGUCUCAGAUCCCUGAUUCCGUGGCAACGUCUCUAUCUAGUCCUGGUAUGUCGCAGGGUGACGAUGUUCUAGGUCGUGUGGAUUCAUCUCGCGUUGAAAAACGAAGAAUGAACACUCUCGCGGCCCGUAGAUGCCGUCAGAGACGCGUUGAUCGGAUGAAGGGUCUUGAGGACGAGCUGGAAAGUAUUCGGAGGGAACGGGAUGAGUUGAGACUUCGGGUUUCGAAGCUGGAAGGGGAGACGGAGGCGUUGAAGGGACUUCUUACUCGAAAGAGCAACUGA